AUUGAAGGCGGUGCCUUGUGAAUUUCGCCUGGCUGCACGCGCAGGGGAGUGGGGGCGUGGCAUUUUUUUUGAAGAAAAAAAGCUAAACAAUCUUUAAUCUUUCAAAUUGACUGUGUCGGCUUUUUAACUUGUCUCGGCUGGUGGAGAAGUCCAUACCUUAGAAUAGUGAUAACACACGGGGAUCCACUCAAGACAGGCCUGAAUGUAUGUUCUUCCAAAUUUCUGCACGAAAAGGUAUAGAAAGCGGGUAAUCUUUCUUUAGUCACCACUCCGGUCCGACGAUGAAUUCUAAACGUUUGCUUGACAUGUCUCCGGCUGAAAUACUGGUCGGGGGCGCUUCGAAACAAGCCGGUAUUGACCAGCAUGCAGAGGGUUCCAAGGGAAGCGAAAUGAGUGUCACCACUACUGACAGCGGUGUCAUUCUGGCGUGCGGGAGCGGGCCCGCAUCAGGAGCAGUUUUCUGCACAAUCGUGCUAGACGAUGGCUCUUUGAGAGAAUGUACAAACCAGGACAUCAUCCUCAAUGGGAAUGACCUGUCGUCAGGGAGAGAAAAAUACGCGCACCGGAAAAUAAUGGGUUGUGGUGGCGAGGCAGAGAGGAACAGUGGUCUGACUGGGGUCCUUACUAACGGCAGUCCCACUCACUGCCUGAUCCUGAACGGGCAGAAGCCAGACAGACACAUGCACUCGAAAGCGAGGAAUCCGCUGGUGCCCGAUGGUUUCCAGGAAACCGGACAUCAAGUGCCACCUGAGGAGAGAAAUCCCCACCCCUCCUCCCACAUACCUGUCCCACGACGCAGGAAACCCUCGGGUCAUGCUGAUAAGGAGGUAAUGGCUGCCACCGUCCUGACAUCGCUAUCCACCUCCCCACUGGUCCUCACCCAGACAUCCUCAGCUGCAGUUCCGGAGUCGGCUAGCAGGGGGUGGAAGGAGGCGCUGUCGACCAGCUACAGCAGCUCCACCAGUGGCAACUGGAGCUGGGACACCAGCGACCAAUCAGUGCCCUCCACACCAUCCCCACCCCUCUCCAACGAUGCCAGCAAGAGCUUCCUGCUCCCGUCCCAGGGUGAUGACGUCAUCGAGGACGUCACAGAGAGCACUCACUUUCCGUUUGUGGACCCCAUACCCCGGAAGCGAAAGAACUCCAUGAAGGUGAUGUUCAAGUGCUUGUGGAAGAACUGUGAAAAGGUCCUCAGCACCUCUUCAGGGAUCCAGCGACACAUCCGAACCGUCCACCUGGGGCGGAACUGCGACUCGGACUACAGCGACGGGGAGGAGGACUUCUACUACUCGGAGAUCGAGGUCAACAUGGACAGCCUAUCAGAGGGCUUAUCCAGCCUCACGCCCACCUCCCCCACCACCUCCGGCCCUCCCCCCAUUUUCCCACCUGUCUCCCUCACCACCUGUCUCCCUCGUUCUGAGCCCUCCCACAUCGCCAUGAGGGGGACACAUGGCCACGCCCCCACCCUGCUCAGCCAAUCAGCUCCCUCCACGCUCUGCCAUAUUCGCACUGACCACGCAUACCAGGCCACUGCUCCUGUGAGUAUUCCUGUGUGUUCGGAGCAGGUUGGUGGGAAUGAUGGGAUUGGGAAUGGGGAUGGGAUCAGUGUGUCCUGGCAGUCGUCUCCUGUCAUUUUUAAAGGCUUACCGGGCCCUUUGACUCACACCCGCACGGUGAGCUUCGGGGAGAAGAGACAGCCUGCCCUUCACACACACACUACCAUCAGCAAGACACCCCCCUCUACAGCCCCCCUGCCCAAACCAGCACCAGGAACCAGGAAACCCCGCGGAGAGGCUAAAAAGUGCCGGAAGGUAUACGGCAUGGAGAAGAGGGACAUGUGGUGCACAGCCUGCCGUUGGAAAAAAGCCUGUCAGCGAUUCAAUGAUUGAACCCCACUACUUCACUGGGAUGGACUCUUCCUCUGCCAGAGCUUCACUGAGGUGGAGUCUUCCACUGGGGAGAUGUGGGUGUUCUCCCUGAUGAAGCUGCUUAGAGCACGCACUGCUUCCUCCUGACCAGCAGGGGUCUCUCUGCUUGCUUCUCUUAAUCCUCAGACAGCUAAACACACGAAACACAAAAACAAAUGGAUGAAAAAGGAAAAAAAUAUAUAAUAAUUGUGAAAAAGUAUAUGGCUUUGGAAGCAUAGGUAAUCCAAAAAGUGAUUAUUCAAAACGUGAUUCAGAAUGAAAGUUUGGUUUUGUACUUUCUAAUUUUGCAUGCCUUCACUGUAGGGCAGUGGUUGAAGAUUUCAGAUAAGCUUUUUGGUAUUGUGUACUUUCAACAUGUUCUUUGCUGGUCCGAGUAUCAUGGAAGCUACUGUGUUUGAGUCUAUAAGAUCCUUAAACCACUCUCUUGUCAGCAUCUUUCAAUGCACCUCUGUUGACAUUUUGGAACUAAAACCAGAUUCACUUUGUGGUGUAUAUUUGAAUGGAUCGUUUCAACGGAGGUCCAUUGAAAGAUGCUGACAAGAGAUUUCAACGGUCACUCUUUUGAAACGGGAAGUAUGUCUACCAAAGGAAAACAGACACAGAAUCUCUCUAAAUUCACUCAGAAUUGAGAUGUCGCUUUUAUUAAGAUGCAAGUUUGUUAUUCAUAUAACACAUCACAUGCUCUUAUGGGAAUUCAACUCAACAAUUCCAAUCUCUUUGUUUGGGAAGUAAAUAUGCAUAGCUACACACCAUAAGCUCCCUGCAUCUGUUGCUUAUUCCAUCUGCUGGCACCAAAUGUUACACUUUGAACCUUCAGUGUGUUCAGUGUACUUGUACCGUUUCUAGUUUCUCUUCCUAGACCUCUACACAGAUAUGCAGCUUUCAGAAACAACACAUCUUUCAACAGACCACAUGUAAACUUUGUAACCACACUGUUCACUCUCAUUUCUCACAUCUAACAGUUUAUUUCCAGCUAUUAGUUCCCAAGGCAACUACUGUAGUAGUUGCAAAGUGCCAUCACCAGGGUUUGGACAGUCUGGUCUUGCUUUGAUUAAUCAGCUCUAUUGUUGAUUACAGUUAUCAAUAACAACAUCAAACCCUCCUGUAGCAUUACUUGCUACUCAUUGUUCUAAAAUCCAUUUCCUGUGUACAUUCAUAGAAAUAUAAUGUCAUUGUAGUUGUCUGUGGGUACUAUACCUAGUCCUGCCCAACCCUGACUCCCAGUUACUGCUCUUAACUGGUAUCUAAGGGUGAUGAAAUAUAAUGUCAUUGUAGUUGUCUGUGGGUACUAUACCUAGUCCUGCCCAACCCUGACUCCCAGUUACUGCUCUUAACUGGUAUCUAAGGGUGAUGAAAUAUAAUGUCAUUGUAGUUGUCUGUGGGUACUAUACCUAGUCCUGCCCAACCCUGACUCCCAAUUACUGCUCUUAACUGGUAUCUAAGGGUGAUGAAAUAUAAUGUCAUUGUAGUUGUCUGUGGGUACUAUACCUAGUCCUGCCCAACCCUGACUCCCAGUUACUGCUCUUAACUGGUAUCUAAGGGUGAUGAAAUACAAGUGUUUUUCUCAGAGGGAUUAUUUGCGCACCAUGAAUUGUACCUGGAUUCCUGAUCAGACACAAUUAUAUGGAUGUAUAUUUUUACACAAAUACUUUUUUUUACUUUAUUGUUGCCAGCUCUUUGAAUGUAGUUUCUGCUGCCUCUCUCUCUCUCUCUCUCUCUCCCCCCCUCUCUCUCUCUCUCUCUCUCUCUCUCUCUCUGUCUCUCUCUCUCUCUGUCUCUCUCUCU